AUGGACGAACCACUUCAGUGUCUGCAGUUCUUACUGUGUGUUUUUCUCUGUAAUCUAAACUUCUUCGUCACUGGUAGCGACACUGAUGAAAUCAGCGACAAGGCUGAGUUUAAACUAGAAGGAAAAGUUUAUGUUGCUUCUAAGGAUAAAGAAUGGACGAUGCAUUCUCGCGUUCUUGUCGACGGAGGAAAAUACCUCGGUUUUGUCAAAACUGAUGGUACUUUUGUGGUGCAUGGUGUACCAUCCGGCUCCUACAUAGUGGAGGUUGCCAACCCAGAUGCCUUGUUUGAAACGUUUAGAGUGGAUAUCACCUCCAAGGGGAAGAUUCGAGCCCGCCGGGUAAAUUUCUUACAGCCAAACCUGGUGAAAACUGUCAACUAUCCACUGGAGUUCAGGGAGAGGGGAAAGCCAAAUUAUUUUCAUAAACGUGAGCAGUGGAGGUUAACUGAUGUCCUUUUUAAUCCUAUGGUACUUACCAUGAUUGUGCCGCUGCUGUUGAUUAUGGUGCUGCCAAAGUUGAUGAAUGCCGCAGAUGCAGAUGCACAGAGAGAGAUGCAGAAUCAGAUGAGUGUCCUCAACAAUCGGCCCAGCAUGCCUGACGCCGCAGAGAUGAUCACAAACUUUUUCUCUGGAGGCUCCUCCUCCAGAAAAGCUGUCAAGUCCAAGUCAUCGACUGUUAGCAAGCGCAAGUGA